CAAUGUGAUUACCCACAUUCGCACCGCUGCGACGAAAGAGAUUUAAGAUGGGUACCCUUGUGGUAUGGUUUGCCCUUGCACUCUCUGGGAUCUCCCUUUCCUCAGCUGCUCUUCCUCAUACUACUUGUGAACGCGACUACGAGAAAGUUGGCUGUUACAAAGAUAUCAGGACUGCGCGCGCACUGCCUGAUAGACUGAUAAACGACCGAGAUGCCACAGAUGACACCAAUGAUGGACACUUUCUUGAUUGGUAUAAAUGGAAGGAAUCCAUUCAUAGUUUGGCCUGUCGAUGUUCCGCUGCUGCAAAGAAAAAAGGAUACUCGUUUUUUGCAAUUCAGUUCUAUGCCGAAUGCUGGUCUGGCCCGAAUACUGCGGAUUUCGCCAAGCACGGCAAAGCAGACGAUAAAAAUUGUUUCAGUGAACUUACAACUGACGUCAAGAAUCGACCGCCUUGCGACAAGAAAAGCGAAGACGAGUGUGUAGGCAUAGAUGACACCAACUACGUCUAUAAAGUCAAAGAAGACAGCGCGUCUUCAGUCGUGAAUGGCGGCUACUCGGCUUGGUCCAAAUGGACGGAAUGUAGCGUGACGUGUGGGGGCGGUACGAGACAGCGUGAGCGAUCAUGUACCAACCCAGAGCCGAGCAACGGUGGCAGGGAUUGCUUACAUCUCGGCGAAUCGGAAGAAACGGAAGCAUGUAACAAAGACGCUUGCCCCGAACCGGCUGUCGACGGCGGAUGGUCCGACUGGACAAAAUGGACAGCAUGCACAGUCACCUGUGGGGGUGGUACACGGGUGAGGGAACGAUCCUGUACUAACCCUGCCCCCCAAGGGAAAGGCAAACAUUGCGAGGGAUCCGCGUCAGAGACGAGAAGCUGUGGAAACGAUCCUUGUCCAAUCCCUUGCAAAAAAGCAAUGGAUAUCGGUAUCAUUCUUGACGGUUCUGGUAGCGUAAGACCUCAGAACUUUCAGAAAGCCAAAGAUUUCAUCUCUGAUCUCAUCACCCAUUACAAAGUCUCCCCGGACGGAACUCAUUUCGGAAUAAUCACGUACAGUACCAGGCCUUCUCUGCAAUUCACCAUCGGCGACGCUAGGUUCCACAACUUCAUGUCUUUGAAGAACAAGGUGGCGAGUAUCAGAUACCCAAAUGGAUGGACUCGCACAGACCUCGCGCUCGAUAUGGCCUCUAAACAGCUUUUCACUAGCAAGGGAGGCGACAGAGACGAGAAGCCAAACAUUCUGAUUGUAUUCACUGAUGGGAAAACGAACCGAGAAAGCAAGCCUUACCCGACUGUAUUAGCUCCCCUACAGGCCAAAGGCGUCCGGAUCGUGGCGGUUGGUAUAGGACAAGGAUUCACCAGACGCGAGUUGCUGGAGAUAGCGCUGGGCAACCCACAUUACGUCGUACAAGUCUCUGACUUUGAUGCCCUUAAAGAUAAACUAAAUGUUAUUCUUGCUGAGUCCUGUCAAGGUUCUCCACCACCGACCCCUGAGCCCGAGUGCACAAGUGCUAGCCACGCCCUUGGUAUGGCCAGCGGUGCAAUUAAAGACGCGCAAUUAAAUGCUUCAUCAUCUUGGGACAGGAAUCACGGUGCAGACAGGUCGAGGCUUCACAUUGUGAGGGCAAGUGGUAAAAGAGGAGCCUGGUCAGCAAGAUACAACGACCGCGGACAGUACCUCCAAGUAGAUUUUAGCAAGCCCAUCAAACUGACCAAGAUCGAUAUUCAAGGCCGGGAAGACGCCAACCAGUGGGUGACGGAAUAUUGGGUGUCGUACAGUCUAGAUGGAGGAAUAUAUCGCCCAUUAUACACUCCGAAAGGAAACGUCAAGUAUUUCAUAGGCAAUCGUGAUCGCAACACUGUAGUGAGCUCUGUGUUGGAGGAGCCAAUCUACCCUCGCUUUGUGCGUAUCCAUCCGAGCAAGUGGUACCAACACAUCUCACUCAGACUCGAAUUUCAUGGAUGCCGAAACGGCUUCACUCAACCGGUUAUGCCAUUGUGUAGCUCUGCGCUAGGACUACAGAGCGGUCUGAUCAAGGACUCCCAAAUGACGGCGUCAUCAGAGUUGAGCUCAAGCUAUAGUGCUCGCCACGGCAGACUGCAUUAUCAAGGAGGAGGGUGGAUAGCUAGGGCUCAGGACCAGAAACAAUGGCUUCAGGUGAACUUCGGUAAGAUGGCAAAGGUUCGUCGCGUAGCACUUCAAGGUCGCAGCAAUGAUGACCAGUGGGUCCAGACGUACUCACUCAGCUCCAGUCGGGAUGGGAUUGUUUGGGAAGAUUACCAACAGUCCAAGGUGUUUCUAGUAAAAAGCAGUGACCGUUACACAGUUGCACUUUCUGAAGAACUGAAGCCACCAAUCAAAGCUCAGUACGUGAGGAUUCGCCCUGUCACCUGGCGCAGUCACAUCGCGAUGAGAGCAGAGUUCUAUGGGUGUACCUCAGACUUUGAAAUACCGAAAGUGCUCUGUGCUUCUCCACUUGGAAUGAAGAGCAAAGCGAUCACAGACAGUCGCAUUACCGCCUCCUCUACAUUGAAUAGCAACCAUUCUCCACAGCGUGCUAGACUCGACACAGUUCUUCAAGAUAGCUUGAAAGGGGCGUGGUCCGCCAAGACAAAUGAUAUGGGCCAAUGGCUUCAGAUCGAUAUGGGAAGAGCCACAAAAGUCACACGCAUUGUGACACAAGGCCGGUCAGAUGCCAAUCAGUGGGUCAAGAGCUAUAAGAUACAGUUCAGCCAGCAAGACCUCUUCCAUGAUUAUAGAGAGGGACGCACGUUUGAGGGCAACAAAGACACAAAUACUAAAUAUGGCCACGUCCUGAACCCUCCAAUCAUUGCAAGGUACGUUCGCGUUCUUCCUGUGACGUGGCAUGGGCACAUUUCUAUGAGAAUGGAACUGUUUGGCUGCACCGAAGGCUUUGAGCCUCCGCCCCGGCCAGAAUGCUUAAAAGCCAUCGGCGCCCAAAGCGGCACCCUCAAAGACUCCCAGUUCUUUGCGUCUUCCGAGCUGUCAUCUUCAUACCGUGCGUCCAAUGCUAGACUACAUCUGCAUACAAACCGAGGGCGCGUAGGGGCGUGGUCUCCAAGCAGAAGUGACAAGAACCCGUGGCUUGAAAUCGAUGUUGGCCGCAUUGCAAAAGUAACAGGAAUCUCUACACAGGGGCAACAGGACGCUAACUACUGGGUGACUAGCUAUGCUCUGCAGUACAGUCUUGAUGGGAGUAGUUUUACAACCUUCAGCGUUAGUCGAAAUCCAAAGGUAUUUGAAGGUAACAAGGAUCGUUCGACUGUACGUAGCCACGCCCUUGCUAUGCCGAUACUUGCCCGCUAUGUCCGUGUCCGCCCUAUGACCUGGCGCGGUCGCAUUGCUAUGAGGGUAGAAAUCUUCGGCUGCACAUCCGGAUUUCCGCUUCCGCCCGUCCCUGAAUGCAUGGCACCACUUGGACUCCAGCGGCACAUCAUCAAGGACAACCAAAUGGAAGCUUCCUCCGUAUGGAGCAACACUCAUGGCGCAGCUAAUGCGCGACUGUAUUUCUACCCCCAUGACGGCAGAACAGGCGGCUGGUCCUCCAGAAAAAACGAUGGUGCUCAGUGGCUUCAGGUCGAUCUUGGCAAGCAGUCAAAGGUCACUAUGAUCGGCACGCAGGGACGAGAGGGCUAUAACCAGUGGGUGAAAGAGUACAUGGUCGCCUAUAGCAGAAAGGGGUUGUUUUGGGAGGACUAUAAGGAAGGAGGAGCAAAGAAGUUAUUCAAAGCAAACAGAGACCAGAACACUGUCGUAAAGAACAAGCUGCAGAGUCCUAUUUACGCCCGAUUCAUCAGAAUACAGCCAAAGAAAUACUAUGGCCAUAUUUCUAUGAGAGCUGAGCUUUAUGGCUGCACGGAAGGUUUCGUAGCCCCACCUGUGAAAUGUGCUGCUCCGCUUGGGAUGAAAGACAAAUCAAUCCCUGACAAGAGCAUCACUGCCUCCUCAGAAUGGGACGCCAACCACUCCCCAGACCGAUCUCGCUUAGACACUGCCCGUCAGGACAAAAAAACUGGCGCAUGGUCUGCAAGACACAACAACAGGGCACAGUGGCUACAGAUUGAUUUUGGAAAGGCCACACAGGUAACCGGAAUCGUAACACAAGGUCGCAAUGAUUUCAAUCAGUGGGUACAAGGUUACAAGCUCGAAUUCAGCCAGGACAACAUUCACUUUGAAUCUUACGAAGGUGGAAAAGUCCUGAAGGGAAAUAGUGAUAGAGACAGCAAGGUUAGCCAUAUCCUAGAGCCCGCUAUCAUUGCCCGAUACGUGCGUUUACGACCCCAGAGCUGGUAUGGACACAUCUCCAUGAGGCUAGAACUGUAUGGCUGCAGAAAAGGUUUUAAUCCUCCCCCGAAGAUACCAUGCCACGAGCAUUCUCUUGGCGUUCAAUCGGGGUUCAUUAAAGAUUCACAGAUGUCAGCCUCGACCAUCUGGGAUAUCAAUCACGGUGCUGAAAAUGCGAGGCUCAAUGGAGAAAAAAUCGGUUCAAAGACGGGCGCAUGGUCUGCGAGGUACAAUAACGCAGAACAGUGGCUCCAGGUAGACCUCGGUGAGCUUUCUGAAGUUUACAAGGUCGCCACCCAGGGCCGACAAGAUGCCAAUCAAUGGGUGAAGAGCUACACGUUGGCGUACAGCCGUGACGGGGCACUCUUCCAAUACUUACCAAAGGUUCUUUCUGGAAAUAAAGAUCGUGACACCGUUGAAUUUAAUUCAGUCGGCAAGAUCUACGCCCGUUAUUUGCGUUUCUACCCGAAGACAUGGUUUGCACACAUUUCAAUGCGAGUUGAGGUGUACGGAUGUCGAAAAGGUUUCGUAGCCCCACCUGUGAAAUGUGCUGCUCCGCUUGGGAUGAAAGACAAAUCAAUCCCUGACAAGAGCAUCACUGCCUCCUCAGAAUGGGACGCCAACCACUCCCCAGACCGGUCUCGCUUAGACACUGCCCGUCAGGACAAGAAAACUGGCGCAUGGUCUGCGAGACACAACAACAGGGCACAGUGGCUACAGAUUGAUUUUGGAAAGGCCACACAGGUAACCGGAAUCGUAACACAAGGUCGCAAUGAUUCCAAUCAGUGGGUACAAGGUUACAAGCUCGAAUUCAGCCAGGACAACAUUCACUUUGAAUCUUACGAAGGUGGAAAAGUCCUGAAGGGAAAUAGCGAUAGAGACAGCAAGGUUAGCCAUAUCCUAGAGCCCGCUAUCAUUGCCCGAUACGUGCGUUUACGACCCCAGAGCUGGUAUGGACACAUCUCCAUGAGGCUAGAACUGUAUGGCUGCAGAAAAGGUUUUAAUCCUCCCCCGAAGAUACCAUGCCACGAGCAUUCUCUUGGCGUUCAAUCGGGGUUCAUUAAAGAUUCACAGAUGUCAGCCUCGACCAUCUGGGAUAUCAAUCACGGUGCUGAAAAUGCGAGGCUCAAUGGAGAAAAAAUCGGUUCAAAGACGGGCGCAUGGUCUGCGAGGUACAAUAACGCAGAACAGUGGCUCCAGGUAGACCUCGGUGAGCUUUCUGAAGUUUACAAGGUCGCCACCCAGGGCCGACAAGAUGCCAAUCAAUGGGUGAAGAGCUACACGUUGGCGUACAGCCGUGACGGGGCACUCUUCCAAUACUUACCAAAGGUUCUUUCUGGAAAUAAAGAUCGUGACACCGUUGAAUUUAAUUCAGUCGGCAAGAUCUACGCCCGUUAUUUGCGUUUCUACCCGAAGACAUGGUUUGCACACAUUUCAAUGCGAGUUGAGGUGUACGGAUGUCGAAAAGGUUUCGUAGCCCCACCUGUGAAAUGUGCUGCUCCGCUUGGGAUGAAAGACAAAUCAAUCCCUGACAAGAGCAUCACUGCCUCCUCAGAAUGGGACGCCAACCACUCCCCAGACCGGUCUCGCUUAGACACUGCCCGUCAGGACAAGAAAACUGGCGCAUGGUCUGCGAGACACAACAACAGGGCACAGUGGCUACAGAUUGAUUUUGGAAAGGCCACACAGGUAACCGGAAUCGUAACACAAGGUCGCAAUGAUUCCAAUCAGUGGGUACAAGGUUACAAGCUCGAAUUCAGCCAGGACAACAUUCACUUUGAAUCUUACGAAGGUGGAAAAGUCCUGAAGGGAAAUAGCGAUAGAGACAGCAAGGUUAGCCAUAUCCUAGAGCCCGCUAUCAUUGCCCGAUACGUGCGUUUACGACCCCAGAGCUGGUAUGGACACAUCUCCAUGAGGCUAGAACUGUAUGGCUGCAGAAAAGGUUUUAAUCCUCCCCCGAAGAUACCAUGCCACGAGCAUUCUCUUGGCGUUCAAUCGGGGUUCAUUAAAGAUUCACAGAUGUCAGCCUCGACCAUCUGGGAUAUCAAUCACGGUGCUGAAAAUGCGAGGCUCAAUGGAGAAAAAAUCGGUUCAAAGACGGGCGCAUGGUCUGCGAGGUACAAUAACGCAGAACAGUGGCUCCAGGUAGACCUCGGUGAGCUUUCUGAAGUUUACAAGGUCGCCACCCAGGGCCGACAAGAUGCCAAUCAAUGGGUGAAGAGCUACACGUUGGCGUACAGCCGUGACGGGGCACUCUUCCAAUACUUACCAAAGGUUCUUUCUGGAAAUAAAGAUCGUGACACCGUUGAAUUUAAUUCAGUCGGCAAGAUCUACGCCCGUUAUUUGCGUUUCUACCCGAAGACAUGGUUUGCACACAUUUCAAUGCGAGUUGAGGUGUACGGAUGUCGAAAAGGUUUCGUAGCCCCACCUGUGAAAUGUGCUGCUCCGCUUGGGAUGAAAGACAAAUCAAUCCCUGACAAGAGCAUCACUGCCUCCUCAGAAUGGGACGCCAACCACUCCCCAGACCGGUCUCGCUUAGACACUGCCCGUCAGGACAAGAAAACUGGCGCAUGGUCUGCGAGACACAACAACAGGGCACAGUGGCUACAGAUUGAUUUUGGAAAGGCCACACAGGUAACCGGAAUCGUAACACAAGGUCGCAAUGAUUCCAAUCAGUGGGUACAAGGUUACAAGCUCGAAUUCAGCCAGGACAACAUUCACUUUGAAUCUUACGAAGGUGGAAAAGUCCUGAAGGGAAAUAGCGAUAGAGACAGCAAGGUUAGCCAUAUCCUAGAGCCCGCUAUCAUUGCCCGAUACGUGCGUUUACGACCCCAGAGCUGGUAUGGACACAUCUCCAUGAGGCUAGAACUGUAUGGCUGCAGAAAAGGUUUUAAUCCUCCCCCGAAGAUACCAUGCCACGAGCAUUCUCUUGGCGUUCAAUCGGGGUUCAUUAAAGAUUCACAGAUGUCAGCCUCGACCAUCUGGGAUAUCAAUCACGGUGCUGAAAAUGCGAGGCUCAAUGGAGAAAAAAUCGGUUCAAAGACGGGCGCAUGGUCUGCGAGGUACAAUAACGCAGAACAGUGGCUCCAGGUAGACCUCGGUGAGCUUUCUGAAGUUUACAAGGUCGCCACCCAGGGCCGACAAGAUGCCAAUCAAUGGGUGAAGAGCUACACGUUGGCGUACAGCCGUGACGGGGCACUCUUCCAAUACUUACCAAAGAUUCUUUCUGGAAAUAAAGAUCGUGACACCGUUGAAUUUAAUUCAGUCGGCAAGAUCCACGCCCGUUAUUUGCGCUUCUACCCGAAGACAUGGUUUGGACACAUUUCAAUGCGAGUUGAGGUGUACGGAUGUCGAAAAGGUUUCGUAGCCCCACCUGUGAAAUGUGCUGCUCCGCUUGGGAUGAAAGACAAAUCAAUCCCUGACAAGAGCAUCACUGCCUCCUCAGAAUGGGACGCCAACCACUCCCCAGACCGAUCUCGCUUAGACACUGCCCGUCAGGACAAAAAAACUGGCGCAUGGUCUGCAAGACACAACAACAGGGCACAGUGGCUACAGAUUGAUUUUGGAAAGGCCACACAGGUAACCGGAAUCGUAACACAAGGUCGCAAUGAUUCCAAUCAGUGGGUACAAGGUUACAAGCUCGAAUUCAGCCAGGACAACAUUCACUUUGAAUCUUACGAAGGUGGAAAAGUCCUGAAGGGAAAUAGCGAUAGAGACAGCAAGGUUAGCCAUAUCCUAGAGCCCGCUAUCAUUGCCCGAUACGUGCGUUUACGACCCCAGAGCUGGUAUGGACACAUCUCCAUGAGGCUAGAACUGUAUGGCUGCAGAAAAGGUUUUAAUCCUCCCCCGAAGAUACCAUGCCACGAGCAUUCUCUUGGCGUUCAAUCGGGGUUCAUUAAAGAUUCACAGAUGUCAGCCUCGACCAUCUGGGAUAUCAAUCACGGUGCUGAAAAUGCGAGGCUCAAUGGAGAAAAAAUCGGUUCAAAGACGGGCGCAUGGUCUGCGAGGUACAAUAACGCAGAACAGUGGCUCCAGGUAGACCUCGGUGAGCUUUCUGAAGUUUACAAGGUCGCCACCCAGGGCCGACAAGAUGCCAAUCAAUGGGUGAAGAGCUACACGUUGGCGUACAGCCGUGACGGGGCACUCUUCCAAUACUUACCAAAGAUUCUUUCUGGAAAUAAAGAUCGUGACACCGUUGAAUUUAAUUCAGUCGGCAAGAUCCACGCCCGUUAUUUGCGCUUCUACCCGAAGACAUGGUUUGGACACAUUUCAAUGCGAGUUGAGGUGUACGGAUGUCAUAAAGGUUCAGGUGGUGGUGACCCUAAUCUUCCGCCGCCGUGCUCCAAGAAACAUCUUGACAUUGGUGUUGUCAUGGACCGCUCCGGUAGUGUUCGCAGACACAACUUUGACAAGGCAAAGAAAUUUGUAGAACGUCUGAUCGACCACCUGGAUGUCGGUUCCAAGAAGACACGUGUUGGUCUCAUCGCAUUUAACAGCUUUCCAUCGACUUACCUGAAGUUUUCUCAAACCAGUUUGCAAACUCCGGAAAGAGUUCUCAAGCAAUUAAAAGCCAUCCGUUACACCGGUGGUGGAACACGUACAGACCUAGCCCUUGAGGAGGCGACAAAAAACCUGUUUUCUUCAAGAGGUGGCGACCGCAGCGAUAAACCGAACGUGCUGAUAGUGAUGACCGAUGGUCAGACCAACACGAGAAGCAAACCCUACGGGACGGUGCUGAAGCCGCUACUGAGAAAGGGAGUGAAAAUCAUUGCGGUUGGGGUCGGGUCCAGUAUUAAAAGAUCCGAGCUCAAGCAAAUCGCCAACGGCAAUGCAAAUCACGUGAUCAAGGUCCUCAAAUUCGACGACCUGUUGCCGCACCUUCCCAACGUACUGCGCGCGUCAUGCGUGUGAUUGCGGCUACUCAGCAGAAGAAGUCGUCGCAAAUUCCUUCUUGUAACUUGGCAUAAGAUGUUUCAGUAGACUAAGCUUUGGCGUGCUAGAUAUAGUAUAAGGUGUGUAGUUUAGCGACAGUUGAAAUUGUAUUAAUGGGUCCCUACCUAAUGACACGGCCGAGUGUCAUAUAAAUUCUUCCUCAAUUCUUCCUCAAUCAAAGUGAAAUACCGUUGUGCCUCCCACCCUAAUAAAGAGACCAUAAAUCCAUUUUAAUGUUCGUCCUCCCAUAAAAUUUCACUGUAAUUAUAUGGGGUUUGAAGUGUUUUACUAUAACUGAUUAUGAUAGAAGAAGGGAAAGCUUUGUAUCAGGAGCAAUAGCGUAUGAAUAAAAGGUGCAUUGGGAA